AGACUUAAUGUCCAGCAUGAAUUCUUGACCGAUGUGCUUGGCGGGCGGCUUAUCCUGGACAAGGAUGUUAAAUUAGGGCCCGGAGAUCGGGUCUUGGAUUCUGGAACUGGAGCAGGUUCAUGGAUUAUCGCCUUGUCAAAGCAAGUUCCGAAAGCCGUCGAACUGAUAGGGACUGACAUAUCGUCAGCUAUGUUCCCGGAGCAGGUUCCGGAUAACGUCCAUCUCUUCGAAGCAUCAUCAACGGAUCUUCCCUUCGAGUGGAUCGACACAUUCACUUUGAUCAGCCAACGUCUGCUCUGUGCCGCUCUCACCGUUCCUCUGUGGCGAGCAGUGCUUUCUGAGUUGCUUCGCGUACUUAAACCCGGAGGUACCAUCCAGUUCAUGGAAUUUGGACAGUUCGGUUCAACCGUCGACGUGAACUUGAUCCCAACGUGCGUGGGUGCGAUUGACAUGGCCACCGCAGUCAUGACCAAACGAGAUCUGCUCGGUAUACAGAGUGGAAUCGAACUCCCUGGUAUGCUUGAAGAAAUAGGAUUCUCCGACGUACGUGUGAAAGUUUACGAAGCGCCAGUUGGUAAGACGUGGGGAGAGAUUGGCCUGAAAGGCGAGAAAAUCACUGAAGGCUUCCUACGCGCGACGGGCAGGCUGCUAAUGGCAGAAGGAGGUCUCGGGAUUUACAGCUCACAAGCUGAAGUUGAUUCAAUGAUUGACCGGGCGAAGAAAGAGUGGAACGAAAAUCCUGGAACAUUCCUCCAUUAUUAUACGAUAAUAGCUAGGAAACCUUUGUAG